AUGGGAUCCUGGAGAAUUCAAACGGGCCAUCGCGGCCCUUCUCUUUUCUUCUUCUUGUCGUCGUUGGUCCGCCAGAUCGCCUUUCUUAUCUGGAAAACCAUGAUCGCCCAACAACCCAUCCCGGUCUACGAGAGUUUGAGUGAGGUCUUUGGCAGCCUUGAAGUGUCCUUACCGCAUGCGACAAGGUGGAACAAUCUGGCCGAGGAGUUUGAGAAGCGGUUCGGGAGGAAGCCUGCGUACAUUGCGAGAGCUCCAGGUCGUGUCAAUUUGAUUGGGGAACAUAUCGAUUAUGCGUUAUUUGGCGUCCUCCCAGCUGCGAUAGAGCGUGAUAUCUUGAUCGCCUGUGGACCUCGAUCUCUUCCUGAGACGGAUGCUCACAAGACCUCGACAGCAGGCAGUGUUGUCGCCGAAAAUCUGAACUCGAAGUACACUCGACAGGUUUUCGCUCCGGCCGCCAAAAAGCCCGAAGAAGUCAGUGAAGCGCAAGCUCAUGCAGAGGCAUGGCACCUUGACAUCAACACGAAGGAAUUGAGAUGGGAAAGCUACGUGAAGGCUGGAUAUUAUGGUGUUUUGAAUCACCAUUUCUCCGGAGGGUCAGAAUUACCGGUUCCUGUCGAUCUUUUGGUCACUGGGUCCGUUCCCGCUGGUUCAGGCUUGUCAUCGAGCGCUGCCAUGGUGGUCGCGAGUACGUUAUCAUUCCUUGCCGUUAACGGCAAACUGGGAUCUGGAAGCGAAGUCGAAGUCGGCCGACCAGCUAAUCUCAAUAAAGGAGGCUUGGUUCAGUUGGCUGUGUUGAACGAAAAGAGAGUCGGCGUAAACAGUGGAGGAAUGGAUCAAGCAGCAUCGGUUAUGUCAGACCCCUCGUCCGCGCUAUACAUAUCCUUCUACCCGACAUUGUCAGCUUCCGGGGUGCCACUGCCAACCCACGCCGUCUUCGUCUGCGCCAACUCACUCGUGGUCUCCGAUAAGGCCCUCAGCGCCAAACGCGGCUACAACCUCCGUGUGGUAGAAACUCUCGUUGCAGCUCGCAUCUUGGCCAAUUCGCUCGGUGUCAAGAUCGGAGAAACCGAUAGAGUGACGUUGAGAGAAGUCGCCAGCAAAUAUGCCCAAGAGAAAGACGGUGACGACAUGGGUCCUGAAGCCUUGGAGCAAACUCUAAAGAAGCUCGAAGAUAAGCUGGACGUAUUGAAGCCGAAAAUAUCAUCCGACAGCGGUCAACUAGGGGUGACAAUGGAUAAGAUGAUUGAGAUGAGCGGUCUGUCGAAGGAGGCCUUCUAUCAGGUCUACCUUUCGUGGGUUGACAUCGAGGCGACUAAUUUCCAACUCUACAAACGGGUGAAGCAUGUCUUCUCCGAGGCCCGUAGGGUUCUCCUGUUCAGACGGACCUGUCUCGAGGCUGCUGGAUCUUCUGAUUCGAACGACAGUGUCUAUCUUCAGAACUUGGGCAGCCUCAUGAACGAUUCACAAGACAGCUGCUCCAAUCUUUACGAGUGCUCCUGCCCCGAGUUGGACCAAUUGACACGCAUCGCCAGGGAUGCUGGAGCGCUAGGUAGCAGGCUCACAGGCGCAGGGUGGGGUGGCUGCACUGUCUCAUUGGUCCGGGAAGGCGAGGUCGAGAAAUUCAUCCAGAAGGUCAAAGAAGCAUACACACCUUACAAAGGCCUCGAGGGCGAUGCAUUGAAUGAAGUAAUCUUCGCCACGAAACCGAGCCGUGGAGCGUGUGUGCUCAAACUCUAG